AUGUUCGCAUCACAGUUUAAAGAGGGAUUAGCUCUAAGCAAGCAUGGCCAUCUCGAGCUCCCCCUUCCGGAGGAUGAUCCUCGUGUUCUCAAAAUAUUUUGUGAAGUAUCCCACCACCAGGCAGGCAUGAUCCCGAACGAUCCCACGCCUGAAUUCCUACGCAGGAUCUCCGUCUUUAUCGACAAGUUUACGACCAUUUCGCGGGCCCUUCUGAUCAAUAUAACAUUUUGCUUGACUGAUUGGGAAUCCGCUAGGGGAGGAGGAGCGAGUGUGAUCCCAAAUUCUAUCGUGUAUGAACUUGAAGACAAACUACGACUACUCGCCAAGGUAACCGAGAAUGCUCUUACUCACGAUCUCGCAAAGCUCUCCACGGCGGCCUCGUACUCUUGCCUUAGUGUUACGAAUUUCGUCGGGGCAUAUGCGAUUAUAUUAGCACGGCGUGGAAUUAUGCCGGGGAGUGAACCAUUUAGAGCGAAGAGCUUUACGGAAGUUGUUGGAGCAGCGAGCGAAUUCCCCAUUGAGGAAUAUCGGCAAUGUCUCUAUCAUGACGACGACGAUUCGUGUUGCGACCUGCUGCUUGGUUCGGAGCUAAGCUCCAACCUUCAGGCAAGAAUAGUCAAAGCAGGAGAAGAGGUGAAAGCUUUUUGA